AUGUUCGGCACCGAGGGUUCAGCACCACGGGCCGUGCACGGCUCUACAACCUUAACCUAUAAGGGUCCAGAACCACAGGCCGUGCAGGGCUCUACAACCUUAACCUAUAAGGGCCCAGAACCACAGGCCGUGCACGGCUCUACAACCUUAACCUAUAAGGGCCCAGAACCACAGGCCGUGCACGGCUCUACAACCUUAACCUAUAAGGGUUCAGAACCACAGGCCGUGCACGGCUCUACAACCUUAACCUAUAAGGGUUCAGAACCACAGGCCGUGCACGGCUCUACAACCUUAACCUAUAAGGGUUCAGAACCACAGGCCGUGCACGGCUCUACAACCUUAACCUAUAAGGGCCCAGAACCACAGGCCGUGCACGGCUCUACAACCUUAACCUAUAAGGGCCCAGAACCACAGGCCGUGCACGGCUCUACAACCUUAACCUAUAAGGGUCCAGAACCACAGGCCGUGCACGGCUCUACAACCUUAACCUAUAAGGGUCCAGAACCACAGGCCGUGCACGGCUCUACAACCUUAACCUAUAAGGGUCCAGAACCACAGGCCGUGCACGGCUCUACAACCUUAACCUAUAAGGGUCCAGAACCACAGGCCGUGCACUGCUCUACAACCUUAACCUAUAAGGGUCCAGAACCACAGGCCGUGCACGGCUCUACAACCUUAACCUAUAAGGGUCCAGAACCACAGGCCGUGCACGGCUCUACAACCUUAACCUAUAAGGGUCCAGAACCACAGGCCGUGCAGGGCUCUACAACCUUAACCUAUAAGGGUCCAGAACCACAGGCCGUGCACGGCUCUACAACCUUAACCUAUAAGGGUCCAGAACCACAGGCUGUGCACGGCUCUACAACCUUAACCUAUAAGGGUUCAGAACCAUGGAGAACGCUGGAUUUAGGAUACAUCGCAACAAUCUCUCCUUCCUCCUGA